AUGACUGCUCAAGCAAACGGUGCAGAAAUAAAACUAGUGGUAACGAACAGCAAUAAGCAUAAAAAUAUCAAGGAGGCUUUGAAAUUCUGUUGCAAGGAAAUUUACGAGGAACAAAAGCAGGAACAGACAAAGCUACAAUUGCAGCGACAGAAAGUAAGAGAGAAUCCAAAAACGUAUAUCUCCAAUGAAACACAUAAACAUGAUACUAAUGCUAUAUCGGAAGAACUGUUAGGUGAGCUGCUUUACAUAGGAAUAAUCGUCAAACAUGUUAACAAUUCCCGUUCUAAGGAAAAUGUAAAAGCUUGGUUGGAGCAAAAUACAAAUUAUCAUAUCCACAUGGACAUAUUAUUUGCGAAAGAUAAUGGGAUAGAAAUUUCGACGCUUGCACAUAAAUUUCAUUUACAGGAAGAAAAAUAUUUCGAAAAUAAAUUAAAGACUGUAUACAAAUGGGUCCUAGCCAGGAGAAUAUUUCCCAAGGACUUCAGGACUCUCCUUGGCGAUUCAGAAAAAAAGAAAAUAACAAAAUGGGGAAAUAAUAUGUUAUAUGAUUAUUAUGGGGAUGGAAACCAAAUCUCAAAUGGAACUGUGUACCAAGUGGAUGAAGAAAGAAUUCUGAUCGAAGUAGCUAAUCACAAGGAGACAUGUCAAGAUAUUGACAAUGUUCUCCUUUCAUUGGAACAACCAUACCAUAUAGAGGGUAUGAUAUACAUGGUCGAACUACCCCUCAACAUUGCACAAAAAUAUGUAAAUAAGAAAUUAGUUUUAAAGAUAUAUCUAUAUGAGAAUUUCAGGGUAGCUAAAACCAGAAGUGGGAAUUAUUUCCUUACUGAAAAAAAUGCAAAAAAUUUAAAAAAAAUUUUCCACUAUCCGUCUUUGCUGUUGGACAACGUGCAGUGGUCAUCGACCUUCACAUCCAGCAUGAUUAAUGAAAGAAAGAAAAAAAGGAAAAAAAAAAAAAAAAAAAAUGGAAUAUACAAUUGGGAAGAGACACAAAAUGACGACAGCGAUGAAGAUGAUGAUGAUGAUGAUGACAAUUAUGAUGAAGAUGGUAACAAUCGUUACACUGGUUACAAUAAAAAUGGUGACGAUGAAAAUGAUGACGAUGAAGAUGAUGAUGGUAAUUAUGGGGAACACAGUCUCUCACCUCACGAUGGAGAAUUUAACGAUCGCAACUUCCCCCUGAAUUUAAACAUGUACGGUAUAUGUAAAUCCAUAAAUAAAUUAGAUGAUUACAUGUACAGUAGAAAUUAUACAAAAAGAAAUUUUAAAAAAAUAAUUUUAACCAAACCAAUUAUUGUGAAAAAACCGCUUAACAUAAAAUGCAAAAUUGUUCAUCCAUAUCUAUACUUAGAAAUUGAAAAUGUCACGCAGAAAAAUCGAAUAAAUAUAUAUGAAUUAUUUUCAAAAUCUGUUAACAUUGAUAAUGGUGAUAUAUUUCCACUUUGUCUACAUCCAGAAGACACAUACAGCUUUUACCUGCCUAUUGUUAACUCUGUACAAAUUAUUUCAAAGAAUAAUACAAAGGUCAAGGAGAAAAAGAGGAGUUUUCUCUACACAGGAUUUUAUGACAUGCAGGUAGGAAAUUCUCAUGUCAUGAGUAAGCAUCACACCGUUGAAGAAUCUCUUACAAUGGCAAGCAUAAAUCAAGGCAUAAAUUUGACCACAAAUCAGGCAAAAAAUCGAGGCGUAAAAUGUACCCAAGAUGUAAGCAAUCGAACAAGCAUUACGAAGGGAUUCCAAGAUAAGGAAGAACUUUUAUCUUUUGAAUUUAAAAACGAUAAAAGCAUUAUCACCUUGUCUAUAAAAUGGUCUAUUGAUAACGCUGCAAAUAAUUCCAUAUGGUCACAGUAUUUCUUAGAGGUCGAAAUGCCAUCAUCUCAUAUGUUCAAAUUAGAAGUUUCUUUUGUUAAAGAAAUAAACUGUUCAUCUGUACUCACAGUAGUUUUUUCAUUUUAUAACAAUCAUCAUGAAGAGAUAGAUAUUCUUAUCGAAAUGCAAGAUGAAAGUAGAUCCAGAAUCAACAACGAACAAUCUUCUUUGAUUUCUUUUAAUUCUUCAAUCCAUGUUGGUAUUAUAAAACCUUUCCAGCGAAAAUCUGUUAGUGUCAGAAUGCUUGCCAUCAUGCUGGGAGUUCAUAAUUUCCCAUUUGUAAAGAUAACAAAUAAACUCAGUGAUACUUUCUAUUUUGUUGAUUUAGGACCGCUACUAGUAACCGAGUGA